AUGCCUCCACCGAGGUCUGCACAUGUUUCAAGUGAGAAUGCUCCAGCUCAUCAAAGUCGUGCUCCUCGUACCAAUACAGUACAGGAACACAGGGCAGCAUAUGAGCGACUACAGGCGGCAAACCGAACUACGCCUACCGACGCUGCAAGAAGUACUGGCAUUAUGCCGUUUCGACAUAGUAUGCCUCAGGCAUCUGUUUCUGAGGAUCGAUCCAAUCGGAAUCGGAAUCGUAGCAAUGCAUUACAAAAUCCCACGACUGUAGAUCAACCACAUCAGCGAACAGAGGAACGCUCAUACAGUCGUACUUCUACAUACAGUCGUACCUCUACAUACGGCUGGCGAAAUCAAUCACCAGAACAGGCCCAACCUGCGUUGUUUCCAAAUGCAGGUGACUUUACACCGUACUUUUCAAACCUCCAGUCCCACCGACCUCAUGGCAGCGAACCGCCACCGCGUCCACCUACACGUGCUUAUCGCCCGGGACCCGGCGCUACCCACCUACAACCAACGCGCGAUGGCCCUCUGACAGCCCUGGCUCCUGAUCAAGGCACUGGGACGACUAGUCGUCGCACACGCUCACCAAUUUUUCGUGGCACAACGACAGCACGCACGCAUAGGCGCAUACCCCCCGAGCAGCGCGAUCAGGAGAAUGACGGGGACAGAGCGAUGAUGAGACGGGAAGAGGGAAACAUCAAUGCAAGACACACAGACGAUGAGCAGCAGAUGAAUGAGACGCCACCGAGGACCGGGCCCGUUGAGCGGCGGUUGCAUGAGUAG